GGGUUAAAAAAAUAACUAGAUAAAUUAAUGGAUGGGUCAAUCAAUGGCUAUUAUCCAGAAUGGACAAGGAUGCAAACCAUGCUCUGAGGUGCCCUUAGCCUGUUUCCCAGAAACUGGGAAUGGACAACACAUGAUGCAUCACUUAAAGAUUACCUAUUCUGUUCAUUCCCUCUGAUGCACCUUUCAUUGACCAUUAUUGGAAGACAAGAUACCGGGCUAGAUGUAUCAUUGGUCUGACCCAGUGUGGCUGUUCUUAUCUCAAUCCAUGUAAUGCAACUGUGGAUGAACUCUAGCGUCAUAUAAAAAUCUAAUCCUUGUUUUAACCUGUCAGGAUCUUGGUUUCAAUGACAUCUGGUGGCAUAAGUUCUACAAAUUAGUUGCACAAUGUAUAAACAAAUUUCCUUUUAAUUUUGUUAUCUUUUAACAAACUAAAAAACAAGCUGUUGAGCAACGGAAAGUAGAUGUUUUAGAGUUUUGGAAAUAACCUAUAUAUUUCCCUCACUAAUAAUUUAGGUAUGCUCCAUUUUUAGGUUAUGUAUGCCCCCAUGCACUAUUCUGAACUGAAAUACAAAUACCAGCAUUUAUUUGAAAUACUCUGUCUAAAAAUGAAUAUGAUAGAAAGCUUACACUGCUGGCUCUGUAAAAUACAAACUUUUAUUUGAAUUGGGUUUUAUUAUAAAAUAAGUAAUUUUCCAAACUUAUUUCCAACCUGCUUUGCUAUAUGUAGUUAUUAACAAAUGUGGCAAAAUAUUUUCUGCUUUAGCCAUUUUGGAUUCCAUGUGUGUCUGUUUCAAAAGGUCUACUGUUCACCAGUUGUUUUAAUUAUAGUCUGUUAUGUGAGUUGUCAAGUGAUGCGGUGAUAGUUAAAAUUUCCCAGUCAUUUUGUAGCAUGUCAACCCUUUAACUAUUCAAAUAUAUCCCGAUUCAAUUUUCAGCCACUGCUUUUCAGAUGCUGUAGUUUGACCUAAACGACCUAGGAAAACAAAAGGGCCUCUUUUCCACUUGUGCCAUGAAUGCAAAAUGGCAUGUUAAUGAUUUACCUGUGAGUGUUGCUGACAUAAUUUUUAUGUUCACUCAGUUAAUAGGCUUCAGGAGACUUAGUACUUUAGCACAGGUAAGGGAUGAUCUCUUAAAUCAGGAAGAGGACUCCACUGAGUGUAUUCCAGAGUCUGAAUAAACAGGAACAUGUUAAGACAGUGUAUCUGUUACUUGGAACUACCUGCCGGUACAAGUGCCACUGUGUUUCAUUGGUUAGAGAAAGUUAAAUCUUCGGCUAAACAGGAAGAGUGAGAAGCCAUAAUGGAUGGAACACAACAAGUGUGCCUCAAGCUCCUAUUGAUUUAUCAUACAGUGGUGUUUUCUGUUCAGGCUACAGAUCAGCCCCCCAACGUGAAUGAAGACAUUCAAACAGAAGCAACAUCUUAUGAAUCUGGAAAUACAACCAUAUCUAGAAGCAUUGCAAUAUCUACCAUUUCAGAUAAAGAAGCUGUUAAUACAACCACAGUGCAGAAUGCAAGUGCCAGCUGGAAUACAAUUGCCAUGACUGAAAAGAUUACUAGUUCAUUGGCUUUAACAACCUUGUCUCAUUUAGCACAAAGCAUGCUACAUCCCACCAAUACAGACACUAACAGCCCAUCAGAUAUUUCUAUUAGGUUCAACACUGUUGUGACAUCAACACCUACAGUUUCAACCUUUAAUCAAGCAACUGAUAAAGAUUCUAAUCCCAGAAUGUCUUCAAUCACAUUGAAACCAACAGCUCAGUCCUCUACAGCCACACAAGUAAAUACUAGCAAAGCUUUAGAUUCAGUUCCUAUAUCACAGGUUUCAGGAGGAACUCAUCUAAGGAACUCAGAGACCAUUCUGACCAUUAGUUUCAGCAGCACCCUCACAUUUGUUGUUCUAGCAAUUGUCAUAUGUAGUCUUGAUACGUACAGGAAGAGAAGAGCUCAGUAUUCUCAUCAUCGGCUACAUGACACCUCUUCUGAAACAGCUGACAUUUACACUUCUCCAGAUGACACACUGGUGAUAUCAGGAGGACUGUAUGAUGCAGCAAAGGUUUAUAAUGCCAAUAUGACUGUACUGGAAAAUGAUGAGCUUCAAGCUGAAUACUUACCAUUUGACUCCAGACCUGGGAAGUUCAGACUUGAAAUUUUAUCUGGUGAAAAUGAAGGACUUUCCCCAACCUUUGACACUUUGUAGUUACUACCACAAUACUCAUAAUGUAGUAAUAAUGCCAGCAGUAUAGAGCAAUCUCUUUAAUUAGAUGUAACAUUAAUUUUUAAGUAUCAUUUUAUUACCAUAUUAAAAUUAUACUAGCUCUUAGUCAGUAAACUUCAAACUACUUCACAAAGAAGGCAAGUAUUUUUAUCUCCAUAUUAAAGAUGAGGAAAACUGAAUCACAGAGAUGAAGUGGUUUUCCCAAGAUCACCUAGCAGGACUGUGGCAGAACCAGGAAUAAGUCCAAGGUCUCCAUACUCUAUGUAUGCCAUACUUUCCUACGGCUUCAGUUUCAUGCUCAAUAUGCUGAUUAAUAUAAUGGUACUUGUAUACAGUAAUUCCUCAUUUAACACUAUAGAAGCGUUUCUGAAAAUGUUUGUGCUAAGCGAAAACGUGCUAUGUGGGGUCAAUUUUUCCAUUAAAAAUUGAUGCCUAACUGUCAUUCUUAGUGACUGCACAAUAGCGCAGCACACGCCGGUAGCUGAGAGACUGCUAGCAAAGAUCUCCAGGUUGUGUGCGCAGCAGCGCUGACACACGUAAGUGGAGCACCCAUGGGGACCCUUGAAGAAGAACAAUUAGAUUGCAUCAGCCACUGCCUAUCAUGCUGAAUAUUUACUCCCCUGUCCAUACAUGCCAACUCUGUGGUUGUUGCAGCCUUGGAACACCCAUGAAAAAAAAAUAGUGGGUGUUUGUGGUACCCACUGGCAGCCAGCUUCCACCUCCAUCCCAACACCUCCCACCUUCCUUACAGAUCAGCUCCUCCCACCCACCGCCUACCACUUGUCACAAUCAUUUUUUAUGUAGCAUGUGGGAGAAGCAGAGACAGAGUGUGCUCAGGGAAUAGGGCAGGAUGAGACUGGAGCACCCCCGAGGCCCAGAAGAAGCAGGUACCUGUACCCCCUUUCUAUUUGCUUUUCUUCAUCUCUUUCUGGUCUUAUACUUGGAUUAUAAACUAUUUGGAGCAGGAGCCAUCUUUCUGUUCUGUGUUUGCACACUACCUGGAACAAUGGAGUCCUGGUCCAUGACUAAAUGAUAUGGAGGUGCUAUGAUAAUACAAAAAAAACCAAUACAGGCAGUCCCCGGGUUACGUACAAGAUAGGGACUGUAGGUUUGUUCUUAAGUUGAAUCUGUAUGUAAGUCGGAACUAGCAUCCAGAUUCAGCCGCUGCUGAA